ACUCGCAACAGAAGGCCCCAUUGUCGUUUGAAACAUGCUCAAUACGUCUAUAGCCUUCGCCGGAUAUCGCUAAAACUCUUCACCUCGGCGGCAUCAGUCUACACGUCAGCAGAACUCAUGAUAGCCGCUGACGGUUGGUCAUGGACCGAGGUAAAGGUAACUCCGGGCUUAAAUACCUCCAACGUGUUUCUCAGUCAAUCACAUUUUCUUCUCAAUUCAAAAUUGAUUUGUCUUCCCUUUGUCCAUAAUGGGCAGACGCUGAACGGGGACCAUAUUGGUCAUCAGGAGAUCAAAAAGGAUACUACUGAAAAGAAGUGGCCCAUAGUAGCACUUCUUUCUCAUUUACCCUUCAAUAACAUUCGUUCUCACCUGAGUAGGCACCACCGAACCCGACCUCCUAGACAUCCCUCAUCACCUCAACUAGAGUCUACUCGUCGAUUUUCUCUUUCUCGACGUUCCUCUUUCUUGAAUCCUCCCAAAUUUUCUCAAAGCAGUUUUCAGAAUCCCAACCCUCUUAUCGCAGUUUUUGAUGAGCUUCCAGAUCCCCUUGGGACUGAGGGUUCAGAGGGUCAACCUCUACGCGGAAUAAUUAUUCCACGCACUCACCAAAAUCCCACUCGCAUAAUCUCCCCUUCUAGACCCCGACGGGAUAGACGUAAACCAACCAUGUCAAGAAGCAACGGUAGUGGUGGUAGAGGAGGAGAUGAGUAUCAUAUCGACGACUCCGAGGCAGAUUCUGAAACUGAAAUUCUUGCCAUCUACACUCUUGAAAUCAUUGGAAAUAUCGAGAGCAACAAUGGUUCAGUACCUUCUCAACCUCUAUCUGGUAUAAUCAAUGGUCCAUCGGAUCGUGAUUACCACUCAGACAAUCUUCCAAUCUCCCGAUCUUUUUCAGCAUUUGCAUAUGGUCUGGGUUCUCUCCUACUAUUUGGUGUGCCCCAAACAAGUUUGGUAGAGUUCGAAAACGGCGAUGAAAUGCGUUCGAGUGACAAGAUUGUGUGGAACAUUACUGGGCGCGGAUUAGUGUGCGGUUAUGAUGCUCUUUGCUUGAAAGUGUAA